GCUUCUCGCAGGGCUUCGGUUCAAUGUCGUUGUAAAGUUACCUCCUUUAUUUUGGAUUUACCGCGAGUAGUUUGUAACGAUUAACAAGCACACCGUGACGCAUUAUGUAGUCAUAUGGUACAUGUAAGCAUUUAAUAAGGAUGUCAACAGCAAGUGCUAACAGGAGGACGCAGGAACUCCUCGAAAAAGAGUUGUAUUUCAUAAUUUCAAAGUUCCUGGGCAGGGGACCUUGCAAGGAAGCUGCGGAGGUUCUUCGGAGGGAGAUUGAGGCGCAUCAUCUUUUGCCCAAAAGGCUCGAUUGGCACGGGAAUGAGCACGACAGGAGUUUUGCUGAAUUGGCAAGUUCCAACGUGCACAUUCCCGAUGACUACCUGCUGCAAAUAUGUUCUCGGAUUGGUCCUCUUUUGGACCAAGUCAUACCAUGUGGAGUGGCUGGCUCUCGGUCACUUCUGGGCUCUGGGAGCUACUCUCUGCUCAGGCAGCACUCAAUGGUACGACGACCUCGUGCCACAGCAGAUGUGGCAGUCCGGCUACAUGGUGCCCCUGCCUGCCUUGCCCCUGGUACGACGCCUUGCAAUAUUGCGAUGGUGUUGCAGGGACGACAGCUGGGUGCCCUGGCAGGCGGCAGCUGCAGACACCAGCUAUCUACCCAGUUCUACGUGAAGGCGCAACUUUUCAGGCGCCUCCUAGGGCACCUGUCGUCCGUCUACUGUGUCCUCUUUGACCGCAGUGGCAACUACAUUUUCACGGGUGCAGAUGACCUGUUGGUGAAGAUGUGGAGCGCCCAGGACGGAAGGCUACUGGCCACACUGCGGGGUCACUCGGCCGAGAUCACCGAUCUGGCGGUGAGUCCCGACAAUCAGUUGCUGGCGGCCGGCAGCUGUGACAAGGUCAUCCGCGUCUGGUGCCUGCUCACCCUGGCACCCGUUGCCGUGCUACUGGGACACACCGCUAUGGUCACCUCGCUUCGGUUUUGUCCAUACCCGAAGGGGGACAGGCAGUUUUUGGUAUCGACAGGCAACGAUGGCUGUGCAUGUUUUUGGGACUACUCGAGCAGCACAAAGAGUUUCAACCCUAAGCCGCUCAAAUUUACCGAGAGGACACGUGCAGGCUCACAGAUGAUCUGCUCCUCGUUUAGUCCAGGUGGGGCCUUCUUGGCUACAGGCAGCACGGACCAUUUUGUUCGGGUUUACCACAUCUUGGCCCCGACAGGUCCGGAGCGGAUCGCUGAACUCGAGGCACAUGCGGACCAAGUGGACAGCCUGCAAUUCGCCAAUCAUAGCUGCCGGUUUGUGAGUGGUUCCAAGGACGGCACGGCCAACGUUUGGACCUACGAACGACAGCAGUGGAGGUCGACGCGACUUCGUAUGGCCACCAAGUUGGUUGGAUCUGAGGAACAAGUGGAGGAGGACCCCAAGCAGAGGUUAAAAGUGACCAUGGUUGGGUGGAACCAGGAUGACCACCUAGUUGUGACUGCUGUGAACGACCAUUCCAUUAAAGUGUGGGACUCGCACACGGGCAAGCUGAAGCACAUUCUCUUGGGGCACGAAGACGAGGCAUUCGUUCUUGAGUGCCAUCCUGAGGACAGCAGAAUACUUCUCAGUGGCGGACACGAUGGUCGCAUCAUCAUCUGGGAUCUCGUUGCAGGGUGUUCAGUGCGGAGCUUCUUCAACAUGAUUGAAGGACAGGGACACGGAGCGGUGUUUGACUGCAAGUUUUCUCCAGACGGCCUCUUGUUUUCCUCAACCGACUCGCAUGGUCAUAUAAGCAUCUUUGGCUAUGGCUCCGGGGACCCAUACAAGAAGGUUCCGGACGAGCAGUUCUUCCACACGGACUACCGGCCUCUGAUCCGCGACGCGCAGCAGCAUGUGCUGGACGAGCAGACGCAGUGUGCUCCCCACCUGAUGCCACCGCCCUUCUUGGUGGACAUCGAUGGCAACCCGUACCCUCCCGAUCUGCAGCGCCUAGUGCCUGGCCGGGAGCACUGCCUCGACUCUCAGCUCGUCCCUUAUGUGGCUGUGCUUGCCAAUGGUGAAUCUGAGAUCUUGGAGCCUGUGCGUCCUCUGGAGAAUGAGGAUGACGAGGAUCGGCCGGCCAUCGACGAGAUGAUUGAGCAGCUGCAGCAGCAGCAAGAUCACAUGCUGGCAGCUGAAGGGCAGUCCCCACCACGAUCGGCACAACAGCCUCGACUGGCUUCGAGUCAUUCUCCAGGGGGCCACCACAGCAGAGUUGGAAUGCGACGCACUGGUGAUGUUGAAGGAGUGCGACAGUCCUCUGGCCACUGGCAGUCGCGGGACGCAGAGCAGCCUGGUCCGUCUUCUGAAUCCGGUGCGGGUAGCAGCGCCGGCAGCAGCAAUGCCAGCAACGCAUCUGCACCCACCCGUCUCGUCCGGUGUUUCCUCGGGACUGCCACAAGAUCGGCGCUGGUAGCCAACUCGUUGCGUCGUGCAGCCAUGAUGGCCGACGCUGAGCAAACCUUGUACCAUGCCGAGAACCAAAGACGGCGGCAAAGUCUGGAGGUCAAAGUGGUAUGUGAAAACCUGCUGGCAAGCAAACGCCGUGUCAAUAAUUGCCGUGCCAAAGCUGCCGCCAAGAAGAAGCCCGCUGGCGUUCAAACUCGUUCCUCACGAGCAGCUCCGGGUUCAAGGUUAGCCAGAGAUGACUUCGAGGAUCCUGAUGAUAUCAGCUUGAGUUCCACCACAGACACCGGUGCAGUUUUCUCUGAGAGCUCCGAAGGCAGCGAAAGUUGCAGUGACUCUGACUACUCGGAUUGGGUCGAGGAACCUAAGUCACGCAAGGCUGCUCCGAAGAGUAGCCCUAAAAAGCAGCGGCGGAUCGUGCAACGACCCGAGGAAGAGGAUGGGGACGAAGAGCACGAAGGGGAAGUCAAAGAAGAAGCGGAGUCCAUGGUUGAAGAAGACUCCGACGAAGAGGAUCUCGUGAUAGACGAGGACGUUUCUGAUGAUGACGAUGACAGCGCCGAGAUGAUCCGACCAGCGAGAAGUAAAGCAGCAGCACUCGACAGUGACGAGGACUACGUUGAGGUGACAGCUCGUGCGCGGAAGAAAAAGCACCUUGUUCGUAAAAAACAACGCAAGAAAAAGCCUCCCAUAAAAUCGUCCUCAACCACCCCAACACCUUCAUCAUCUGGAGCUGGUAGCAGCAGGCAAUCUUCGAAACCGAGCCAUCGACAAGUGACACAGGCUCAAGGGAACGAGGAAGCCAGGACACCACCGCGGAGCAGUAAGAGCAAGAAGUCGAAGAAGAGCUCCAAGCGUGGUUCAGAGAAAGUCCUGCGACACCCUGAGUGGUUGAUGGACACGGUGCCACGCAAGACACCUUACUUCCCUCAGAUUGGCGACGAAGUAGUUUACUUCCACCAGGGACACCAGUCAUACGUGCAGGCAGUGAAACGCUGCCGGGUGUACCACAUCCGGGACCAGGCGCAGCCUUGGGUGCGUCACCGGCUCAGGGAGCAGGAACUGUUGCGUGUGCUGGAUGUGAAGUUUGAGCUAUGCCCACCUGUGCACCUUUGCUGCCUGCGUGUGGUGCCGAUCGAGCCUCACCGGAGUCAGAUGGAUGGCGAACCCUUCGACAUUCGCUACCACGACAUGCCAGACGUGAUCGACUUCAUUGUCCUGCGUCAGACCUACGACACAGCUAUGCGCCGCAACUGGAAGCCCCAUGGUCGGUUUCGUAGCAUCAUCGACGACGCCUGGUGGAUGGGGACCAUUGAGAGCCAGGCGCCACUGCAGCGCGAGUUUCCCGACUCCAUGUUUCAGUGUUUCAUUGUCACUUGGGACAAUGGAGAGACGGAGCGCAUGAGCCCGUGGGACUUUGAGCCCAUUGAGUGCAACCGUGAGGAACUUCCGAUUGGCGGUGCAGUGCCAGUGACAUUUGACGAGCGUCGCAGCCUGGUUUACCGGCCAAAGGCAAACGAGUGGCCCAGGUGUGGCCGAGAUACAUGCUGCAAUCGGCUAGUCAUGGGUGUGAGCCGGAUUAUGGAGCUGUCUAUAGCGGAGCCAUUUGCUGCACCAGUGGACCUCAAUGCCUACCCGAUGUACGCCAGCAUUGUGGCCUAUCCCAUCGACCUGUCCACCAUCAGGGCAAGACUAGAAAAUCGGUUCUACAGGCGGAUGGAUUCAAUCCGUUUUGAUGUCAAGUUCCUGGAAAUCAAUGCAAAAAAGUUCAACGAACCAAACAGCAAGAUUGUGCAGAAGGCAGUGCUGCUGACGAAUCUCCUACUGCAGUUCAUCAAUAAUCAGUCCUGCCAAGACCCCAUCAAGUUGUACCAGCAGUUGGUGGAUGAUGCUGCUGACAGGUACCACAGUUCAUCGGUUGAGGAAGAUGACUUUGUGUCCACAGACGCGGAAAUGAAUGGGACAGGGCCGUCUUCCUCCAGUGUGAAAAGAAAAAAGACAACAACGUCCAGCAGACCCCAGAAACGGAGAGCCCCCGGCACUGCCCCUCUGACCUCGGUGACAUGGAAAGGCCAGUGCCAGGAGCUGUUGAACUUCAUCUUCCAGUGCGAGGAUUCCACACCUUUCCGGCAGCCAGUGGACUCGGCAGCCUACCCUGACUAUGCCAACAUAAUUGACACGCCGAUGGACCUGGGUACAGUGAGGGAUCGGCUCACGCGGGACCUCUAUCCGAGCCCCGUUGAAUUUUGCAAGGACAUGCGGCUCAUCUUUGCGAACUCUCGAAACUACAACACCAACAAGAAGUCUAGGAUAUACUCCAUGACAAUACGAAUGUCUGCUUUGUUUGAAGAACGCAUUCGUCAGAUCACCAGUGACUGGAGGUCAGCAGUGAAGUAUGAGACCAAAGUGAAGAACAACCAGUAUGUUAGCAGCAGACGCCACCCAGCAGCGGUGCUUGAUUUUUCAAGUGACUCGCAGCCAUCAUCAUCAAGAACGAGUGGCCAGUCAUCACAAGCUGGCACAUCCUCAUCCACUAUGAGAUCAGCUGUGCUCCAAGUAAAGUGCUAUGCAGAGUCCGAUUCAGAUACGGACGAUGAUGUUGACAUGAAGCAGAUUGUGCAAGCCAGCAAUUUGGUUCGGUCUACCAGGUCGGGCGGACAAGGUGACCGAAUGGUGAACGGGAAGAAGACGUCCCCCGCGGUAACGUGGAAACUGCAGAGUAGCUCCUCUAGUGAAAAUUUAUCCAAGGCCAGCCGCAAGCGAAAGGCCACACGGUACAUCUCUUCAUCGGAAGGGGACGACAGCCACAGAGAGGCCGAGGAGGAAGAAUGCAGCCAGGAUUCCAGUGAGGACGAGAACAGCGAGGAGCAGCAUGACGAAGACGACGACGAUGACAACUACGAUGACUCUCCUCCAGGCAGGCGCAGAUCGUCGAGGCGAGCCGCUCGCACCAACGUGAUUGGCAGCGACGACAGCAGCAACUCGACUAGCUGCAGCGGAGAGAGCAGUUCGUCGAGAAAUACAUCGGACCAGAGGAAAAAGCGCGAGAACAGCAGCGGAGAGUCUGAGAUGACAACGGGCAGCUCGGAAAAGUCGUCUUCCUUCAUGACAGACCACGACUACGGACAGCCUCGGCGGUCGUCGCGCAAGCCCCGCAAGACGACUAGUUUUUCACCGGAGACGACCGUCAGGUCUAGUGCGACCACAAAUAGCAAGACUCGCGUGCAAACAAGAAACCGUGGUCAGCAGAAAGUUCGUUACCAAGAAGAUGAAGAUUCAGAGUGGACAGGUGACUCUGACGAUGAGGAGGACGGACUUGACUCAAGGGCGCGCGAGGUGCUUUCCAUCAGCAGCCGGGGCCGGUUACGAAAACUUUCUAAGCAUGCGGCACGUGCCAUGGUGGCCCAGUGAAGUCUGCCUCCAUAUACAAAUCGGUCAGUGGAGUGUCAAUGUUUGUUGACAUCUCCGAGAGCUCAGAGUAUCAUCAUCUUCACAUUGUCCAGCAGCCAAAUGACGUUUUCAUAUGUAAAUUGCAUACUUCACACGCCGGUUUUUCGUUAUUAUUUAUUGAAGUCAUUCGUGAAGGCUGUGGAGGGCAUUUCUGCUUGUAUGUAGGAUGAAUGUGACAAGGCUGGAAGUCUUAUUUUAAACAUUCCAGUUUUUCAGCGGGCAUGCCGGGUUUGAAAUUCACCACACAUCAUGUUGCUUUUUGUUGAAAUGUUUUUUUUUUUUUCAACUUCUCGUUGCCCAUUGUAAGUGUUUAUCAUGUUGAUGUAGAUAAUUAGUGAUGCAACUGACUGUAUAUAUAAUUGUGCAUGUAAAAACAACACGUGUCUUCUGUAAACUCUGGUGGUGAGGGCUCUUCCACAGUGAACUGUAAGUGCAGUUGUGAAUGGUGUACUUAUGUUUGUCUGCAGCUUUGUUUAGCUGCAUGAGACAUGUUUAAUGGAAUUGUGUAAAAAGAGUUGAUUUCCAGUGUGUGCUUGUCUGCUCACUGCCAGCGUGUAAAACAAAUGUGAAAAGGUUCGGUGAUGAGAGAUUACAAGCACUUUGAGA